AUGCGGGUACGUGAAAGUAUUAUUGGCGAAUACAAAAAGGAAGAAGAAGAAGAAAAUAGACAGUGCGGCAACAGUGACAAAAUGAGUCUAUUGUUUAAUAGGGUAAGAGUUAAAUAUCUUUCCGCACAUCACCUAUUAAAGGAGUGCUGCAGGUGA